AACACACCUUACUAUCGCUGCCCUACUACCGGAUUGAUCUUUCGCGAAACGUCACUUAAGACAGACGAAACAUGCAGGCCGUGCUGGUUCCGGUGUCGCGUGCAACACCUCUUUGUACAAGGACGUCGCAGCUAUGCCCGGUACAAGUGCGCCACCGUGCGCGAAUGCUCUUCAGAGUGCUGGCUUCAAAGGAUAGCAAGGACGACGUUGUGUCGGGUGCCAUCAAGGCCGCAAAUGGCCUUGUGGAUAAGGCCACCGACCUGGUGCCUGAGACCGUGCCGCGUCCCGCUGCCAGGGCGGGAGUUGCCAUCGCCAGUGUCAUGUUCAUAUUCUGGUUGCUUCAGAAGGUGAUCUCGGGCGUGCUAACCUUGGCAUUGUUCGCGGGAGUGGGCUACUACUUCUUGACGCAACAGAUGGCGGACAAGGACGACACCAUUGACGUGACGCCACCCUCCAAGAAGGGCGGCCGCUCCGGGGAGGACUUGGAUGACCCGCUGGCGGAGGCGCGCCGGAUCAUGGACAAGUACAAAUGA